GAAGACGGAAUCCUGAAUGCAUCAGGACCCGGUUUCUGGUAAAUGUUGAAUCUUAUGAAGAAGUCACAUCAGCACAGACUCUAACAUGAGGAGACUGACGAAGAAGAAAGCUCUGACUCUGGUGAAGGAGCUGGACGCUUUCCCCAAAGUGCCCGACAGUUAUGUGGAGUCUUCAGUCAGCGGAGGGACAGUGUCCCUGCUCGCGUUCAGCCUCAUGGCUGCUCUGUCCUUCCUGGAGUUCUUUGUGUACAGAGACACCUGGAUGAGUUAUGAGUAUGAAGUGGACAGAGACUUCAGCAGUAAACUGAGGAUAAAUAUCGACAUCACUGUGGCCAUGAGAUGUCAACACAUCGGUGCAGAUGUCCUGGAUCUAGCAGAGACGAUGGUAUUUAACGAGGGUUUGAAAUAUGAACCAGUUAAUUUUGAACUCACACCACAGCAGACUUUAUGGCAAAUGGAGGUGCUGCGCUUCCAGGAUCGUGUGCGGGUGGAGCACGCUCUCCAGGAUGUUCUCUUUAAGGCUGCAGUUGAAGGAUCUCCUCCUGCUCCAUCUAAAGGCGAGGGCGACUCCACUUCCUUUAGCGCCUGCAGGAUACACGGACACAUGUAUGUCAACAAGGUGGCAGGAAAUUUCCACAUUACUGUUGGCAAGUCCAUCCCUCAUCCCAGAGGCCAUGCACAUCUGUCCGCUCUCCUUAGCGAUGACUCAUAUAACUUCUCACACCGGAUCGACCACCUGUCCUUUGGAGAAGCCAUCCCCGGGAUCAUCAGCCCUUUGGAUGGCACAGAGAAACUCACUCCUGUUUCUGGCCACAUGUUUCAGUACUUCAUCACCAUCGUGCCCACCAAACUGAACACCUACAAGGUGUCUGCAGAAACACAUCAGUUCUCUGUCACUGAGCGGGACCGGGUGAUAAACCACGCCAUAGGCAGCCAUGGAAUCUCAGGGAUCUUCAUGAAGUACGACAUCAGCUCUCUGAUGGUCAAAGUCACAGAGCAACACAUGCCUCUCUGGAAGUUUCUCAUCAGACUCUGCGGCAUCAUCGGAGGCAUUUUCUCCACCACAGGCAUGCUUCAUGCUGCGCUGGGAUCCGUGCUUGAUGUGAUUUGCUGUCGUUUCCAAAUGGGAAUCUACAAACGUCUGAAGGAGCCUCCCGUGGUUCAACAGAGACCUGAUGAAACACCAGCUCCAUCAGAGAACGCUGCUCAGUAAUAAAGACCGCCAUCUUUGCCCUGCCACACUGGACAGUAUGAGAUACUGGGGGAAAUGUUUACAAGUUGUUUUAUAUACCUGCUUUGUUAAGAACAAUGUAAAUAUUUUAUAUUGUUUUUUAAAUUGUUUUAGGGUGCAUGAACACUUCAGAAAUGACAAACAAUCAAUACAGCCACCAGAUGAUCCGACACUUGGAAAGCUGCGUCAUGAGCCUGAAAUGCAAAGCGAGUUUAAAAUACCCAGGGACAUUUUUCUGGUUACCUGGCAUCUCGAGCCUCCGACAAAUGAGAUCAUGCUUAACGGUCACACGAGGCUGAACCUGAUAGGUCAACCCAGAGUCUAUAAGAGCGCAUUCACACAGAAGGGGGGGGGGUGUUAGCAGUAAAUCUUCAUAUUUCACCUCAGAGCAAAGUUUAUUAUCCAGACUGAAAUCAACACAGCUACAGCGACAAUGCAGGAAGAUAUGGGAGAAAUAAAAUAUCUUAUAACUCCCCUUAAAAUAUGUGUUCUCAUCUCAUAUGUAGCAUGUCUGACAUGAGGCUUAUACAAAUGAAAACAUAGUAAGUGAUGGAUUCAUUUCAGCAGAUAUCGUCCAAAAGGAGAAGGCUUCAGUGGUUUUAAGAUUUUAAAGCAUUAAUAAUAUCGUCCAUGAAAACAUUUUUCGGUAUAAACAAUCAGAAACAAAAGACAGACUCGUUCUCGCUCCCUCCUUCCUCUCAGUCACCUCACAGGGCUUACGAUUCAAACGAUCUGAUUGGUCAGUAGGCCGUGUGUCAUAGCGGUUCUUCUCUUACCUGCUCCGGAGAGCAUCAGUUACCAUAGCACCCCGAAGUCGCCUUCACACCAGCAAAUCCUGCUUCAUAGUAAACCCCUCUGGACUACUGGACAGGAAGUAGAUCACACCUGAUAUCAGA